GGGCGUCAGUGGGAUAGGGCGUCAAUGGCCAGGUCGCCUCACGGUACUAAAUUCGACUGGUGGAAGUCGCUCCUCAAAAGAGUUGCCAAAUAAAUAAAUCUUUCACGGCGCCGUCGCCAUCAAAUCUCGAAUUCCGUGACAACUAUGUGACUUCUAGCCUCCUGGCAGGCGGAUCAAUAGAUGGCCGGGGUCUGGCCUUUGUUGUUAGUCGCUGUUGCCUGAUCUUGGCUACCUCGCGCCCUGCGAACGACUGACCGUUGGCUUGCAGCAUGCUAUUGGCGGCGUCAUUGGCCGAGUGACUCCCCUCAUUUCAAAUCACGUGCCUGAAACGCAGCGUGAGGCUGAACUGUUGGCUCCAACUUCGAUAUAUAUCCCCGCCGACUGGACUUUCAGGCUGCUUUCCAGUAGCUGAACAAGCUGGUUUCUCCCACCCACCCCUUCAGCGUCUUCCCCCUGCUUGUCGCAGCUUUCACCAUGGCGUCGAGUUCGGACGCCGAGGUCUAUGACCUGCUCUUGCUGGUCGACGCCACGGCAUCCAUGGGCGAGUACCUCAAGGCGCUGAACAAGUCGCUGCAGGACCUGAUCCGCAUCUCGACGCUGACGUCGUGCUUUUUGCGCAUCGGCGUGCUGGCCUACCGCGACUACUACGGCGGUCCGCACGUCAAGGUCACCGAGUGGUCGGGGUGGUACAGCCGCGAGGACAGCGGCUCGGACAUCACCCAAGACGCCCUGCUGGCCUUUGCCUCGCAGCUCAGCUGCGAGAACGGCGGCGACUGGCCCGAGGCCGCCAAGUCGGGCCUCGCCCACUGCUACGACGUCAUGAGGUCGGGCCCUGCCGCCUCGACCGUCAUUGUCCUCUUCGCCGACGCCCCUCCCCACACCGACAUGACGGGCGGCGAGCAGCACGUGAGCGAGCAGGAGAUGCUGAGCAGCGGCGCGUCCCACACGGCCGCUCUGUUCCUGGACUGGGCUUCGGCCGCCCACGCGCUGCGCCACGGCGAGAAACGGGCCCAGGUGUUCAGCAUCAUCGAGUCGGGCAGCUACCUGCAGAACAUGGCGUCUUACAGCUUUCUGUCAGCCAAGACGGGUGGCGUCUGCGUCGACUUUCUCUCGCGGCCGUCGUCGGCUGAGAUCACCACGCUGACCAUUGGACUGCUGCUGGCGUGGAUGGGCGCCGAGAAGCCCGGCGCGGCACUGAGCUCCCGCCAGCUGGCCAGAGUCAUCGGGUACAAAGACGGCACCAAAAUCGACCACGUCACUUCGGAGAAGGCCGAGGUUGCCUCCCAAUAUCUUCUCGUGUCUAGGAACCCCGGCGAAGUCGUGUCUGUGCAGCGGAAUCUGACGUAUACGCCGCUGAGCCUGGCGAGUAUGGCCGAGCUGAUCCCGCGCCGCGCGCACCCCGUGACGAGCUUUUCCGCCCGCUACAGCGCCGACGCCGCCUACCGCGAGGUGGUGGUCGCGCAGCUGGACGGGAUCAUCUGGUCCGACGUGACGGCCAUGGCGCACAACCCCGUGUUCGGCACGCUGUGGCGCGCCGUGUGCAGCGACAGGCACAGCCCGGCGCGCGACACGCUGAUGACGAGCUUCAGCCAGCGCGUCGACCGCCUCCCCGGCGGUCACCUCGGCCCCCGACAGCACAUGCGCGCCUGGCUCGACGAGUCGUACGACCGCAGCGGAGAGAUCGGCGACAUCAUCAGCUCCGUGCCGGCCGCCUCGCGCUUCCCCUGCGUCUUUGUCGACCCGACGCUGGUCUCCGGCGCCGAAGAGGAAGACGGCGCCGCGGCACGGCCAAGCCGUCGUCUCCAGCGCCGCGACCUGCUGGAAAUCGGGCGGUCGUGCCGUCCGCGCGUGCUGCGCCUGCUCGGCAGGCUCCUGACGCGCAUGACGCACGUCGAGUCCGAAGCCACCCUGCCGCAGCACAUACGGGACGUCCCUGAACACCAGGUGGCGCGGAUCCCUCUCGCACUGGCGCAGCUGCAGCACGGGCGGCAGUUCUGGCGCGUCCUGCUGCACGCCGUGAUCCCGGGGACCAUGCUGACGGCGCGGCCGGCGGCGCUGCUGGCGGCACUCAGCCUGCGCAUGGGCAUCCGGCGGCUCGAGGACGCCGCGUACGCCGAGCUGCGCGCGUGGAGCGGCCGGUGGAACGACCCGGCGUCGCCCGAGACGUUCAACAUGCACUGCCUCACCCUGCUCCUCGACGCCGACCAGCAGCACCGCGACGGCAACACCACCAGCAUCCUGCAGGCCGGCGAGCGCGCGCUGUUUCAGGCCCUCGUCAACUACAAGCUGCUCGAGCUCAACCUCGACACGGCGCUCACGGCGACCGUCGGCUGGACGCCGGACCGAACCAGACUGCCGCCCGGGCCGACGGUGCAGUGCGCGCGCUGCCACCUCCCGCGCUCCGUGACCGUCAUGGCCGACGGCGGCGUUUGCGGGCUGUGCGCGUUCGGUUUCGCCGCGGAAUCCAGCGACGUCGUGGCCUGGGUCGAGUGCAGCGCCGCGCACUGCCGCGCACAAUACACCCUCUACCUGCCGGCGCGCCUGCGCGUGCGCCCCAAGUGCCACUACUGCCGGGCCAACGGCCGGCUCACGCCCGCCGCCCGCACCCCGGCGCCCUGCGUGACGUGCGCGGCCUGCCGCAGCCGCAUCAUCUGGCCGCCCGCGUACCGGCCGCCCGGCUUCGACGAGCAGCAGUUCCGGUGCGUCGGGUGCGCCAGCAGCCAGCACACUACGACCGUCGACAUCGAGACGACGGCGCGCGCGCUGCUGGCCGAGAACGGCGCGGCCGGCUGGCUGCUGCGCAACGACGGCGGCAAGAUCCCGCGCCCGUUCGAACACAACACGACCCUGUUCCAGCUGUUACAGAGUGCAAGAGGCGGCGUGCAGGGGCUUGCGGAGAGCGUCGCGCCGCUGCCGCCGCUGUCGGAGUGUCCAGGGCUCACGCUCACGCUGAACUACCGGCCGCUGCUCAACGCGCCCGCACUGAUCGACACGCUGCGCGCGCGCGUCGACGCGCGCACCGUCCAGCACGCCGAGACGUGCUCGCUGUGCUUCCGCACGACCCCCGCAUCACUACCAAGCUGGCAGAUCCUCCGGCUAGCAUGCGGCGGCCGCGCCGGCUGCCGCAGCCGCAUCUGCGCUGCAUGCAUGAGCGCGUGGUACGGCAGCGGCAAGAACGCGCGCGGGCGCCUGCUUCACAUCCCCGCGCUGCUGUGUCCGUUCUGCCGGCGCGCGCCCGUCGCUGCUCGCAUGCCGGCGCCGCUGUUCCGCGAGCUGCGGCACCUCGGCGGCCUGCGCGCGGCUGUCGCCGAGAGCGUCACUGCGGGCCGCUGGCGCUAUGCGUGGUGUGCGCGCUGCGGGUUUGCGAAGCGUUUUGCAGAGCGCGUGUGUUGGCCUGCUGGUGAUGAGGAGGAGGAGGUGAGUGGGUGGCAGUGCGAUGAUUGUGUGGCGUGGCGGGAGGAGGAUGACGGGGUCGGGGCUGGGACGGUUAGGGCGUGUCCCAAGUGCCUGACGCCGACGGAGCGGAUGGGCGGCUGUCACCAUAUUGCGUGCACUAUCCCGGGGUGUGGUGCGGACUGGUGUUUCGAGUGUGGACUGCAGUUUGCUGUGGAGGAUAUCUACAGGCACAUGGGAGAGGAGCACGGCGGGUGGUAUGGCUUUGACGAGGACGGGG